UUGUGUAUAUACGACAGCGACAGCGAGAUACGCACUUAUCGUUGUUUGUUUACAUGCUCCACCAAUCCCAUAGAUGGGUCACUAGUGUUUGACGCCGUUGCUGUUCCAAAGUAACUAUAUAUUAGGCAGCCUGCAACCUUCAGUUGCAGUUCAGUGUCAUAAGAAAUGGUGGUGACGACGGAACAACUUAACACCGUCUUGUCUGACCUUGAGUAUCCACCACUCAGUGAGGAGGAUGCCGAAAUAAUUGUCGGUCAAACUAACGAUAUGACUGAUGAUUUCGAAGAAGCAGUCAUGUUCCUGACACAGCUGAUUCACGAAAGCGGCGGGUUCAAGCAUCGUAAGGAGCAUGAAGGUAAAACAAAAAAAUACGCCCCGUUCUACGGCCGAGGUUACAUCCAGUUGACCUAUGAAGAAAACUACCAGGGUGCAUCGAUGGCGAUCUUCGGCGAUGAGCGACUAGUCAAAAACCCAAAAAUGGUGUCCGACAGUGUGGAAAUGUCAAUGCGCGUUUCGGUGUGGUUCUGGGAGGCGAAAGUUCGUCCUGCUGUAGGACCUUCGAAUCACAGCUUCAACCGGACAACCCAGGUGAUCAACGGUGAAUUGGAGCCUCCGGGCAGUGAUAAGGCAGAAGGGAGACAUGCUCUCUUUAUUAAGGUGUACAACAGUUUUUGCAGAGUAGCUAAUCGGAACAGGAGCAUACCAAAACAAGAUGACAACAAUGAAUGGUGCUCCGUUUUGUGAAGGCAAUAGAUGCGUAUGCGUGUGAUUUUAAGUUCGAAGUUUUAAUAAAGUGUUGAUAGCAUUUCACAGUGUUUUGAGCAAUCCGAA